GGAAGCGGCCUUUUACUCGGCUCUUCAACAGUUUUUUACGUGAAUGCUUUGCAGAAUAGUUGUUUGAAAUAAUACAAAGGCCGCGAAAAAACGUAUUUGCGAAGUAAUACUAUUUUGGUUAUUGAGCAACCAAUUGAACCCUUGCCUACCACAGUGUCGUAAACUGUUAUGACUGCGGUAUAGCAGUUCGUGAUAUUCGAAUGGAACAGCAAUGGGGAUGUGGAUGCUAAACGUUUUCUUAUUUACGUUUUUAGUAAUAUCUACUGGACGAGAUGUCGUCGUUGCUCUCCAGGAUGUUACAGCUGAUUUAUUCGGGUCUGAAUAUUAUGGAACCGUCGCCGCGUUUGGGGAUUUUAACUCUGACAAACAGACGGACAUUUUCGUCAUAAGAGAACAGUCCGAACUGUUUAUAUUCCUUGCGGAUCUGAAAGCUCCUUACUUCAAACCAAAAGUACAUCUACCUGCAGAUCGGUUGCCAAAAGACAUCAUCAUUACCAGCGUGGUUCCGGGAGAUUACGAUGGAGAUUCCCAAAUGGAUGUCCUACUCGCUGCUCAUCCCAAAAGCCAGAGUCUUGAGGCGACGUCGGUUUUUGUUUUCUGGGGAAAUAAUCAAACUCUGGAUACAAGUGGACGGGUUGACCUGAAUAAGACAUUUAUAGAUGAGCCUCUGAUUAUGGACUUCAAUGGGGACAUGAUUCCUGAUAUAUUUGGUGUCAUCAGGGGUGAAACCUCAACGCAAGUGUGCUAUCUCAAAGGAAGAAACUUGGUGUGGCAGCCAGCUCUGGGGUCAGAGGUGAAGAUGAGCGUUCCACAUUCCAAUGCAUUCAUUGACCUCAAUGAGGAUUUCACUGCUGAUUUGUUCCUCACGACAUUUGAGUCUGGACACGUCGGUUUCGAGACAUGGAUCAACAAGGAUGGAAACUUCACCAAAACCUUGGCUGGGACAAUACCAGAAAACGUCAAGAUAGUGGGCCAGUCAGCUUUUGUAGACUUUGAUGGGGAUGGACACCAGGACCAGCUGCUGCCGGUCUGCUUGGACGACGUCUGUCAGAAAAGCGCCAUCUACCUCUCCAAGCCUGCCGAUUCAGAGUGGGUCCCCGUCCUGACGGACUUCCAGAGGAGGGACACGGUGUGGGGCUUCGUCCUGCCCCCGUCCCAGCCCCCCGCGGGCGAGCUCCACCCGCCCAUCACCCUGCACCUGGGUGACUACAACCUGGACGGCUUCCCGGACGCCCUGGCCAUCCUGCGUAACACCAGCGGGAGCGAUCAGAAGGCCUUCCUGCUGGAGAACGUCCCAUGCAAUAACGCCAGCUGCAGGGGGGCGAGGCGCAUGUUUCGGGUCCACUGGGAUCUGUCCGACCUGGGGUCCAUCGCGGGCGCCGUGGUGGCCACCUUCUUCGACAUCUACGAGGACGGAAUAUUGGACAUGAUUGUGCUCAGCAGAGGAGGAGCCAAGAAGGAGCUGGCCAUCCACGCUCUGAAGAACAACUUCGAGGCCGACGCCUACUUUGUCAAAGUGAUCGUGCUCAGCGGGCUGUGCUCCAAUGACUGCCCAGAGAAAGUGAAGCCCUUUGGAGUGAACCAGCCGGGACCCUACGUCAUGUACACCACGGUGGACUCCAACGGCUACCUGAAGAACGCCUCAGCGGGUCAGCUCAGCCAGUCUGCCCACCUGUCCCUGCAGCUGCCCUACACCGUUCUGGGCCUGGGUCGCAGCGCCAACUUCCUGGACCAUCUGUAUGUGGGCAUCCCUCGCCCACAAGGAGAGAAGGAGAUGCGGAAGCAGGAGUGGACGGCCAUUAUCCCAAACUCACAGCUCAUCGUCAUCCCGUACCCCCACAACGACCCUCGCAGCUGGAGUGCCAAGCUGUACCUGACUCCCAGUAACAUCGUGCUGCUGACGGCCAUCGCACUGAUAGGGGUGUGCGCCUUCAUCCUCGUCAUCAUCGGCAUCUUACACUGGAAGGAGAAGAAAGCGGACGACCGGGAGAAGAGGCAGGAGGCUCACCGCUUCCACUUCGACGCCAUGUGAGGACCACCGCUGGGGCAUCAUGGGAGCCGGGGCGCCCAACCUGCCCUCCACCGGAAUGUUUUGUUUAUUUAUUUUCACUAGUGACUUUUGAAUGAAGUAAUGAUGCGCUUGCAAAAAAAAAUAAUAAUCUCUGGUUUCAAAUAAGAGUCCUGGGGCUACUCUCUCUGUCCAUUUCUGUAACUCAAACCAGGCCAAACUUGGACUGUCGCCGUUAGUGAUUUUAUCAGGGUGUCAAACAAUGAGGUUGGGAAAAGAAGCUGCAGAUGUUUACAUUAGAAGAAACACAAGGACCCUUUUUAUGUACAAAGAAGUAGCUUUUUAAUUCCGGUUUCAUCCACCUGUUCAUCUGCCUCUGUGGUCUGACCUUCAGGGACAGACUCAUCUUCCUCCUGUGUCUGCCCGUGAAUCUGAAAGCAGUAUGUGACCAAGGUCGAUUUUCCCCACGCAGUUUCUCAGCUGAUUCCACAUGACUCCGACAUGGUGGGUCGCUGUGAGAUGCAGUGUCUGAACAGUGGCUGUUGCAGAGCGCCCAUUCAGCAUCUGUCAGUAAGCCACCCCGCUGUUAAUUAUAUCAUUCAUUAGCUGAGUAGACGCCCUUAUGCAGGCCAGGCUACACAUCAGACAUUUUGAAAUACUUUCCAUACAUAGCAGGAUAUGUACUAAUGCAAUUCUGGAACAAAUGGGAUUUGAACCUACAGUAUUCUGAUUCCCAGCUGGCCCGCUGUUGUCGUUCCAGUUGAGAAAGGUCGUUAAACUGAAUUGCUGCGGUAAAUAUCUAGCUGUAUGAAAGGAUGGCACAAACGCGGUGUAAUUCACGCUGGGUAAGGGUGUCUCCUGAGCUAAUAAAAGAAUAAAUAAUAAAGAUCUGAUUCUCCGAUCGAUGCUCCACACCACUCUUCUUUUACUGCUUCAGAUAGUCCUAGUAAACUAAGAGGACAAAGUUUGCCGGCUCACUGCGUAUAUUAAAACGCCUGUAUUUAGAAUGGCGUGUCCGUGUAGCGGGUAGAAUCGGCAGAGCGCUGAUGUGUUUAAGCUCCUCUGAGCCCUCGCUCUUUUCUCCAGUCUGUCCCAGCACUGGUGCCAAUCACAGCCCAGUUACCAGACACAGCCCCACCCACCCCAGCACUAGAACCAAUCACAGCCAGCCUGAUUGCACCUGUACUGCUGAACAUUCUGCUGUUGUGACUGCAAGUAUUAGAACUGGAAAUUCCUUUUUGUUUUAAAUUACCUAGUGUGUGUGUGUGGUUAACUUAUUUGACAAUAUUUGUUGGGUGCCAAGUGUUUUCCUUGAUUUGUCUUGUUUUGAUGUUUUCUGAUAACAGACAUAUCUUAAAGAACAUGUCUACUGUGGUAUUGUAUGUUUGUGUG